CCUCCUCCCUCCGCGCCCUCCAACCCUCCUCCACCCUCACAACCUCCCACCGAACCCACGUACCAACGACCACCCAUAACCUCCCCCCGGUCCCUCCACCAACUCUCCAUCUACCUCCUCGGCAGCACCUGCCUCCUCCUCUCCACAACCCUCACCCGGCGCGCCAUCCACCGGCGCCACCUCCGCCUCACCCCCUCCUACUUCGCUCCAAACACCAACCCGCACGAGUACUUCAGCCCCUUCGCCGACGCGUGUCAGGCCUUCAACCUCGCCACCAUGAACUGUGCUAGUGUGGGGAUCAUGGCCCUGGGCGGCGUCAUGUGGGUGUCUGACAUAUCGAAUUUAACAGAGGCGAGGAGGGUCUUGAGGGCACGGCUGGGCUAUGACCGCAUUUAUGAGACUGAGGACCAUGUGCCGAAUUCCAUUUCGCAGAUGAUUGUCCAGGCGGCCGAGGUCAGGGUUAGGGAGGACGACGAGGAA